AUGCAUUCAAACUCUAAAGAAGCAACCAAAUUAGUUAAUUUCGUAAUGGUGUUCUUAAAAUUGCGACUGCUUGCGCUCUUCAUUGCAGCCCUAGCAAUGGGGAAGACCCAAGUACAAGCUGAAAAUCUACUUCUGGGUGACGAGAACUAUACAUCGAAAAUACAUGAAAUGAAAGGAUCUGCUCGUGAAUUAAUGCGAAGCAUUUGCCCCAAAAACGCCGCAAACUUAGAGACUAAAUUAAACGAUUCCUUCACUUGCAUUGAAGAAAUUGAUGACAACGAAAAUAUGAUGUGCGAUGUUUUGCUGCAAACGAAAACCUGCAUUAAGCCGCUAAUCGACUCAAUGGAACAUUGUGUUUCACCAGCCGAAAAAGGAAUUUACACUUAUGUGAUGAACACUAUUUAUGCCAUUUUUAAAUAUGUUUGCCACUUGGAUGGGGAGCAUUUUUUCGAACUGACCAAUCCAUGCAUUUUGAAAAGAAGCCAUCCGACUUUCAGGCGCUGUAUGUUCAAGUUGAAACACCAGAAAGCAAAAUAUAGCCUACAAAAUAUCCCAGAGAAAACUGAAUUAUGUUUGUUUGUGCAAGAGUUCAAAAGUUGCUUUGAGACCAACCUGCACAGUUCCUGCAAAUCUCCCGUAACUAGAGAGGCUUUAAUGGGACUGUAUAACAAUUUGCUAUGUAAAUAAAGUUUCUAAAACCAU